UAACAUUGUUAAUUUAACAUACCACAUCAGCACUGAGCGAAACAGCCGUACGCAGCUCUGAGCAAAAACUCCCAGCACCCGAAACUCCUCAUAUGUCAGCCGGAGAGCGGGGCCUCUGCCCAAGAGCCAGAGCUGAAGUGAAGACGGCACCAUAGCCAUCACUGCCAUGAACAAGAAACUGGACCUGUCCAAGCUGACAGAUGAGGAGGCCAAGCAUGUGUGGAAGGUUCUACAGCGUGAUAUGGACCUGAGGAAAAAAGAGGAGAACAGACUGGGGGAUCUGAAGACCAAGAUCGAAAAGGAGGACUCCAAGCGUGAGCUUCUGGCCGGCCAGCCCAGCUUGACCGCGUCCUACUGCAUUCACUGCCUGCAACCCUUCAAGUUCCUUGUGAACAGUCGCCGGCAAUGUGCAGACUGCAAGCUCUACAUGUGCAAAAACUGCAGCCACUACAUCAAGAAGGAGAGGAGCUGGGUUUGCGAUCCCUGCUGCAUGUCCAGGGUAUUGAAGACGGGCACGUUGGACUGGUUCCAUAACAACGUACGUUCCCGCUUCAAGAGAUUCGGCAGUGCUAAGGUGAUGCGCUCACUCUCCCAGAGGCUGAACGGGGAGCAGGGCUUACUGACGGACCUGAGAGGUCCGCGUGAUGAUGAUACACACAGCACGCCUGACAUUCGCCACAAUUAUGAUGGUCAUGAAGAGGAUGAAGCAUUAGAUGGUCAGCGCUACAGGAUGAUGCGGAAAACCAAGCGUCUCCUUUCCGUCCACCCACUGGAUUUUGAUAUGGAACAGGAGUGCUCCAGCCACUCCCGCCGACAGUCUGUCCAGGUACUGGAGGAACAAUACAGACCAGGGAAAGAUCCGGAGUUUAACACAGAGGUACAGUUCCACUACAGCCGCAGGAAGAGCCUGGACAAACUGUCUCGUUAUGAUGAGAGCCAUUUCCCAGACCAUCGGAUGAUGCGUACCCGCUCCCUGUCCAAGAUUGGGACGUUCCAGCGCUACCCUCACUGCGAGCCGGACACCUCAGAGGAAGAGGGAAGCGAGCGCUUCCCCAUGUUCCAGCUGCCCCCACGGCGACGUAGCCGCGCCUCAUCCCAGGAGAAUGUACACCAGAGUGCUCCGCCGAUGACUGAGCUGACCAAGCGCAUGGAAGCCAUUGAAAGCCUCUUGAGUCGUCUGGAGCAGAAGAUGGUCGAACCUCCUCAGCAGCUGGACUCUCACUCUGCAGUGGACCUGGAAGAAGUGAAGCUGAGCAGGAAGUUACAGGAGCUGACGGGAAAUAUCAGUGACAAGGGCCUUUCCUCAGAGGAGGAUGAGGCCAAAGUGCCCCCAACCCCCAAGGAGACCCAGAGGAAAGACAGGGUGCAGGGAGAGCCAGCCCUGGGGGGCCCCAUCGCCAUGGAGAGGGUAAUGAGCUCCUCAAGUGAAGAGCAGCUCUCAGACGCUCAAAAGAGAUCCAGUGCGGCAGCCCUCUGUGACAUCACUACUGUGGUUCUAAGAACCAUAAAUGCCACUGAGAGAGCGCUGACCGAAUUGGCUCCGUCAAACCCUAAUGACACAUACCACUUAAUGGGGACAGAUGUAAGGCAAGCUGAUGAGGCUUACAGAGCACUUGAGGAAAAUGUCUACCUGACAACAGGCAAAUCCUACGACCUGGAGAGGAAGCUGAAGUCCCUGGAGCAAAGUGCAAAGAGCCGCUACUGCGGGUACACCGACUCUGAGCUGUCCGAGCUGGAGGACAAAGUGGCUCUGGCCGCCGCCAGGGUGCAGAACACUGAGAGCGAGGUCUCCGACAUAGAGAACAGGAUAGCUGCCCUUAGUAUGGCGGAAGGGUCAGAGAAGUCAAGGAAGAAGGUAUCCGGUGCACAGAGGCGAAUGGUCCCUAACAACUCUUCAGCGAGAAGUGGCAAUGGAUCAGGAUCCAUUCGAAGGUUAUCUUUCAUUUAAAGGAUCAUCCCCUUCAAGCUUUCCAACUUCCCAGAAUGCACCUUUAAGAUGUGCAUCCAUCUCUGCGCUCAGUUCCUUUCCAAUCCACUGACUCCUACUGAUUAAUAACAUGUCCCGACUUUCUGACACUUUUCUUUAUUUUAAAUGUCCAGAAAGACGAAACAAUCCUUUAGAUCUGAGUGUUUGUUAUUCUCACCCAGAUGUAAAAACCAUCUUCCUGCACUUUGUCUUUAAACUCUCCCAUGUAAUGCCUACAGGGGCCAAAAUCUGUGCUCUUCUGUGUUAUACGGUAACAUAUUAGUUGGUGCCUCAUGAAAUAAAAUGUAAAGUUAUCUAUAAUGAAAGUUAUUUAAGAACAUGGCUAUAACAAAAUAAUCCUUGUAAAUCUCAAUGAAUGGGAUUUUUCACAACUUUAUACACAAGUUGAAGUUAUUCUGACUGAUUUAAGGUGAUUACUGAUACAAUGUUAGUAAAUGUUGAAAACUCUCUGAUACGUAUAUAUUCUCAUCUCCUCAAGAAAUAUACAGGCUGUCCAUAAAGUAUCUUUACAAUUUCAAAAAUGUAUUACAAAGGCAUAUAAAAAGACAGCUACGGGAACAAAAUGACAAAAUUUUUUUGCCUCAUUUAAUACACCUCUAUAUGGGCACCAUUAGUUGCACGAAGCACAUCAAGACGGUACUCGAUUCCUUGCCAUGUUCGCUGUAGCAAACCCUCAUCAGUGGUGGCACUGGGAUCAGUGAUCCUCUGUUUUAGAUUAGUGACGUCCCGCACCAUUGUUUGCAAUGUGAUUUAAAAACUUUGAUAGCCACUGAGUACAUAGAACAAAUCUGAUGAAGAUAUUUCAUCAAUUGCCUUUGUAAUACAUUUUUGAAAUUGUAAAGAGACUUUAUGGACGUCCUGUAUGAUUGUAACUUUUUUGUUUAUUUUAAAGUUUUUUUUCUCAUGUUAUUAGUGAGGACUGAAGUGUCUAGUAAUCUUAUUGUCUUUUACUCUGUUAGAAUUGAAUGGUAACAUCUGGAUUUUAAAAUACAUUUUGGCAGAUUUUAUCCUAAUUGCUUAUUGUGCCAUAUUUUGCGUCAGGAUUUUGGAACCAAAUCUGUUUAAAUGUUGCUUUUAUGCUGGACGUGUUCAGACAGAAGCGCUGAAUGUCGGGUUGCUGAUUUUGGCCUAACAUUCCGGAUCUUUUGUUUGCCCUCUGGCACGUGGUGAUUGGCAUGGAUAGAUAAGGCAUUGUAUUUAAUACUUAGCUAACCAGCAAGGUCCACAUGUUCUGUGCUUGGAAACCGCAGAGCAGCAUAAAGCCUUUGGACAUCCUCUUCAAUCAUUGUUCUCCUCAUUGCACUGUCAAAAUUGAAUGUCGCCGAAAAGACAGUGAACUGGCAUGGAAAGUUCUUUAUGAGUAAAGAUUAUUAAGAAAAAAUA